AUGAACCGAACUACAUAUUUCCUUCUACUCGACAUUGUUGUCUUAUUAUUUCAGACUACGACAAUCCUUUGCAGCGUUUUAUUUCUCGUAGUGUUUAGAAGAGUGACGAAGAAGAAAAAGUACUCUUGUUCACGCCUGCUUGUCUUUCUAGCAGUUGCAGAUCUGCUAAGCGCUGUAACCACCAUUCCAUACUCUAUCUACCUAGUGACAAACUGGAAUCCUACGUUUAUUGAUCUCAAUCCAUACUAUGUUGCAAUUCUCAGCGCACCUGCUCCAUUCUUCUCAAAAGUCCAUUUAGGAUUAACUAUCUCCGCUGCUUUUGAGCGAACGCUGGUAAGAAAUAAACAUAUUUAG